AUGAACACGCAAACGAUCCAGUCGCGGCCGGCGGUGCCGCACAUCCCGACGUCGUGCCCGCAGUGCGCGGCGGCGCUCGAGUUCCCGGUGCCGAGCCCGCCGCCGCGCCCGGGCGCGCUGCUGAACGUGCGCUGCUUCCAGUGCGGGACCGUGCUCACGCACGCGUUCUACCCCGCGCAGGUCCCCGCGCAGUACGGGGGCACCGUCGGCGCCGCGGCGGGGGCGUCGGGCAGCGGUGCCGGUGGGGUGGCAGGGCAGCGGCGGAGCAGGAAGAUCGGGACGCAGGAGAAGCCGCUGGAGAUGAAGUAUUACGACCUGCUGGGCGUGCCGGUCGACGCGACGGCGGACGACAUCAAGAAGGCGUAUCGCCGGCUGGCGAUCAAGCACCACCCGGACAAGAACCCAGACAACCCUCACGCGGAGGAGGUGUUCAAGGAGAUCGCGGUCGCGUACCAGACGCUGUCCGACCCCGAGCUCCGGCGGAAGUACAACGAGUUCGGGCCCAAGGAGUCCGCGCCCGACGGCGGGUUCAUCGACCCCGAGGAGAUCUUCGGCACGAUCUUUGGCGGGGACCGGUUCGUGCCGAUCAUCGGGCACAUCAGCCUCGCGAAGGACAUGAAGUCGGCGCUGCAGGAGGAGGAGGGCGAGGGCGAGGUCGUCCAGCGCGACGCCAAGGGGCGCGAGAUCCUGAGCCCGGAGGAGAAGGCGAGGAGGGAGGAGAAGCAGAGGAAGAUCUCGGCGGAGAAAGCGGCGGUGCGGACAGACCGGGUGAACAAGCUGGUCGAGAGCCUGGACCGGAAGAUCUCGAUAUUCACCGAGUCUGCGACGGGGGCGGAUGACCGGCAGGUGACGGACAGCUUCCGCACAAUCUGCAAGCUCGAAGCCGAGGAGCUGAAGCAGGAGUCGUAUGGCGUCGAGCUCCUGCAGGCGAUUGGUUUCGUGUACGCAUCGAAGGCGAAGCAGUUCCUUGCGACUAACCAGACCUUCCUGGGCAUGGGUGGCUGGCUGCACAACGUGCAGGGCAAGUACCAUGUGUUCAGCGAGACAGUAUCGACUCUCCGGGCUGCGAUGGAGCUGAAGAGUGUGUUUGAGCAGAUCCAGGCUGCGGAGAAGGCAGGGAAUCUGUCUGCGGACGAGAGGAGGAAACUGGAGGAGCAAGCAGCGGAAAAGGGCAUCCAAACGCUCUUCAAGGGCGCGAAACUAGAGAUCGAGUCCGUGCUGCGGGAGACGGUGGAUCGGGUGCUGGAGGACGCAACGGUGCCGCGACAGAAGGUGUAUCUGCGGGCGAUUGCGCUGCAGAUCCUGGGGGAUGCGUACAUGGGCGUGCGCAAGGAGUCGGAAGAGGUGCAGGAGGAGAGCGAGUACGUGAGGGUGGAGACCAAGAACAGCCGACAGAGAGACUCGUACCGCGCCUCGACCGCGGGUCCCUCAUGA